AAUCAAUCCAAUCAAUCUGUCAAAAUAAUCAAGUCGAACUAUGUUCAUGUGUUGUAAUUUUGAUUAAAAGUCGGAUUUUUCUUGCAUUCAUACAAUUUAAAUACUAUUGUGGUGUGAAUUUUGUAAUGAUUGGUGCAUAUAAACUAAAUAACAACGUUGUUGUUUUCAUUCUUGACCCAGUAGUGAGAUUUUGUAAAAAUACGUUAAAAAACUCAAUAUUGUCAUGUUAAGGUGGAUUUUGUGAGAGUGUAAGUGAAAUAAAAGGUGUUUUCUUUAUUAGUGUGUUGUAAUUUUGUGAGGACAAAAUGCUGACAUCAAGAGUGACUGGUGAAGAUCGUCAGAGGGCUGCGAAGCCUUACUGCCAGUGUACGACAUCGACUGAGGGGAAACCUACACAUUGGGAGCGCCACUAUGGCUGUGCCUGCGGUGAACACUCUGACAUAAGCGAAUGGAAAUGGGAGAUGCCAAACACGCCCGCCCCCAGCUGGGUGCUGAUGUGUCCUCAGAAGAAGCAGGUGACCUUCCACCCGUACUACAGUUCCGGUACCGCUGCCAUCAAGGGAGACACGGCGCUGGUCAACGACUUUCAUUACUAUUGGGAGGUCAAGAUGCUGACGGAACCUUAUGGGACUGAUAUUAUGGUAGGCAUCGGCACAGACAAAGUGAACAUGGUAGACUCCUUAUACACGUUCACCUCCUUCCUCGGCCGCGACGCGGAGUCUUACGGACUCUCAUACACCGGAGCCCUGCGUCACAACGCCACAGUCAGUCGGGAUAACGCCGGCUUCUGUAAGGGGAGCAUUGUGGGGGUCAAAGUGGACCUCUGGCUGGGGACGCUCGAGUUUUAUCUUAAUAGGAAGUCACAAGGCAUAGCCUUCUACAACCUCCGUCGCCAUCAGUCUCUCUACCCGAUGAUCAGCUCAACAGCCGCCCAGUCAUCAUUACGGCUGAUAUACGCCGCGUCAUGGCAGGCCUCCUUGCUGGUGGACGCCGCGAAGAUACUGGCCACCUCAGUCCAUGGCGAGGUGGGGCUGCCACCAGGGUUGAAGCACACCUUGAAGAGCCAGUUCUGGUUGACGCUGCCUAAUGAGAGUAAUGAGAAUUGCAUGUUAAAGGAAGAGGAUAUGAAGCCAAAAGUGAAUCAGGGCCCCAGCACAAACAAAGCUAGCUCAAGUAUGUCCCUGUCGUCCAUGUUGAAGAGAAAGCACUGGCAUAGAAGAUGGUAAAUGACGUCACAUCCGGUGUGACGCGCCUUCGAAUUUGGAAGAGGCAGAUUUUAAAUUGUGAUCUGUAGAAUAAGAGCUGGAAAUCAUAGAGAGGAAUGUUUUUGAAUGCGGACUUUUUAUUAUGAUCUGUAGUUUAUGGUAGUCUGGAUUAAGUAGGUUUUCUUUCAUCUCGAUGUAUUUAAAUAUUCCUAGUUAUAAAAACAGUUAAACAGUCUCUUGUAGUUUUUUCAGCCAUCUGAUUGUCCUGCCGUUACCCAACUUUAUUUAGGGGCGGCCAUGUUUUCUUGUUCUAUACUCUUCUAUCUGUAGUCAUCUGAUUUAUUGUGGACAAAUAUAUAACGAUCUUAAAAUGUUAAACUAUUAUAAUAUUGUAUUGUAACCAGCACUGCCUAUUAAUCGCUUGCCAUAAACACACUUAUAUUCCAAACAAAAAUACUCAAGUCAAAAAUGUAAUUUUAAGCCCAAGCCAUUUAGUUUUAGGGUUGCCAUUAAAUAUAUUUCGAAAAUUAUUAGGGCCAUGUAUACUUUUCAUGUCGUUCAUAAAAUGUGACUAUGAAGUAAAAUAAGUAGAUAUUGUACAAUUAAUUAAAAGACUGUAAAUAUAUUGAAAAAGAUAAUUAAAUAUUCGAUAUGUAAAAA